UUCGCCUCAGAAAAAAAUCAACUUUCAGACAUAAACAAAAAAAAAAAAAAAAAAAAAAAAAAAAAAAAAAGAUUGCUAGUAUUAAAAAAAAUCUGAAAAUUCAGCAACUGAGUUUAGAUAAAGAUCGCCCGCAUCAUUGAAGAGAAAAUUUUAUCUAGUUGUCAAAAUAUGGAGAAAGAGCAAGAGAUAGAGUGGGCAAAAGCACAGAAUAUUGCUGUGAGUGUUGAUCUUCUUGAGGCUGCUAAAAAACAGCUGGAAUUUCUUGCUGCUGUUGAUCGGAAUCGAUAUUUGUAUGAAAGUCCUGCUAUGGAAUGGGCUAUCUAUAGGUACAACGCCUUUUGGCUUCCCUUGCUGGCCAAACAUUCAGAGAAUGCCGUAUCAGAAGACCCGUUAGUUGUCCCUUUUGACUGUGAAUGGAUAUGGCAUUGCCAUAGGCUCAAUCCAGUAAGAUAUAAGUCAGACUGCGAGGAGCGGUUUGGAAGAAUCCUUGGCAACCGUAACAUCAUCUCAUCUGUUCAAGGAAUAUCAAAAAGCAGAACUGAGGAGUUAUGGAACAAAAUGUAUCCUGAAGAGUCAUAUGAGCUUGACUGUAACAGAUCUUUUCCAGGAGAUAGCUUGCAAAAGAAUGUUCAGAAUGAAAAAUUUACUAGUUAUGACCUGGUUUCUGCUGCUAAAAGACAGGUCCCUUUCUCUUUUCAGGUUGCGAGGCCACAUAUGUCUGAUGAUCUCUUUCUUCAGGAAGCGGUGGCCAGAUAUAAAGGGUUUUUGCAUCUUAUCAGGACUAACAGGAAAAACAACAUAAAACGUUUUUGUGUUCCUACUUAUGAUGUUGACCUUAUCUGGCAUACACACCAAUUAAAUCCUGUUUCUUACUGUAACGACCUCCUUAAGUUAAUGGGCAAGGUGUUAGAGCAUGAUGACACUGACUCUGACAGAACAAAAGGGAAGAAACUAGACACUGGAUUUUCUGAUACUACCAAGCAGUGGGAAGACACAUUUGGCUUAAGGUAUUGGAAAGCGGGGGCAAUGUAUAGAGGAGCUACUCCAACUCCUGUUACACAACUUCCUAUCCCAUUCACUUACGAGGCCAAGAAGUUACAUGCACCCGACAUAUGCGAUAAUUUCAUUCAAUUUCCAGAAAUGAAAGCUAUAGAGGUUCUUUUGGAAUUUGUAGAAAUAAAGAAUUUGCCUGAGGCUCACAAAGGAAACAUCCAUGUCUCCUUCCGUAAGAAACAACCUGAUAAUCUUUUUAGCGCCAAGAGAACUUUGAGCAUUUUAUCCGAGUCUGGAGAAAAACAGGUUGCUUAUUUCCAGUGUGAGCCUACUGGAGAGUUUCUCUUUGAGCUUGAAUGCCAUUCGCCUUCAUACAUACCAUUACCUAAAUCAUUCAAACCAUUUGGUUCUUGCUCCCUCUCACUGCAAGAAUGUGUGGCUUCCGGAUCACAACUUACUGUAAAUAAAUGGCUCCCUGUUGUUCCUCUACCUGGUAUCUUAGCUUCUAAGCCUAUCCUUCUGCAUGUUUCUCUUUCAUGUACUCUUCCGACAUCAGCAGUACAAGUUUUUCAUCUGUUGUGGCCUCAACCUUUCCUUAAAAGUUCUUGUUAUUUCCCACUUCCCAAGAUAGGGAAGAUUAAACAUGCUAAAAGCCGUACCUGUAUUACUGAUGAUGAUGGAAAUGAUGUUCUUAAUCUUCAAAUGAGGGAAUCGAGCAAGGACAUGACAAGAAGUACCCCUGGGUUGCUAAAGGAGGUACACUACAUCACAGGCUCUGGUGAAACACAUAGCUUGGCAGAGUUUCAGGGAAAUGGGUGGUUAAUUAAGGGGACCCAUGGCUCCUUUAAGCUUCACAAUACUUCUGGAAAUGAUGGUCAUCUCUUUGAGCUUGUUGGUCAUAAGAUGAUGAAACUUUUUGCUGGAAGAAGGCUGGACUUUGAGCCCAAACACUGCAAAAAACAGAGUAGUGAACAUGAUUUUAUGACUGCCGUUGAAUUCUCCGCAAAGUAUCCUUACGGAAGGGCGACAGCACUGAUUGAUUUUAAAAAUGGAACCUUCAAGGUCAAGGAUGAAUGGAUGAUACUAACUGGCAUCACUUUAGCCUUCAUUCUAUCUGAUAUACUGAAAAGAAAGGGUGGUUUCACUGCCAAAGUAGGUUCUAAGGAAAACAUAUUAAACCAAGUGAUCCAAGUAAUCACUUCUCCUGGUAAUGCUGAAAAUGUAAUAGAGGCCAAAGUGGAGGAGGCUUGUGGUGACAUAGGGAUACAAGGAAAUUCUCAAAGUGGAGGUUGUGGGAGUGGCUGUGGCAGUGGAUGCGGAAACAUGGUCCAGAGUGGUGGGUGUGGCAGUGGAUGUGGUAGUGGUUGCGGAAAUAUGGUCCAGAGUGGUGGCUGUGGCAGUGGAUGUGGCAGUGGUUGCGGAAAUAUGGUCCAGAGUGGUAGAUGUGGUAGUGGAUGUGGCAGCGGAUGUGGAAACAUGGUCAAGAGUGGUGGAUGUGGCAGCGAAUGUGGCAGUGGUUGUGGAAACAUGGUCCAGAGUGGUGGAUGUGGCAGUGGAUGCGGAAACAUGGUUCAGAAUGGUGGUGGUUGCGGAAGCGGCUGUGGUGGUGGUUGUAAAGGUUUUGGCGGAUAUGGUGGUGUGGUCAAGAGUGGAGGCUGCGGCGGCAGUGGUGGUUGCGGCAGUGGUUGUAGCGGCCAUAAUUUAUUGCACAAUGAUAAUGUUGGUGCCUGUGACUUGCCAAAGGUGGAGGCUUCCAUAGUGAAUGAGCAUGUGGCAGCCUAAUCAAUAAAAUCUCCACAAAUGUGUUGUUGCUUGCAAGCCUAAUUAGUUGUUAUGUUUCUCUUAUUGUUGUUUGUCUAAAGCUGUGUAUAAAUAAGUUUGGUUUAUGGGGAUAUAAAAAGGGUUUGGUAAAUAAACCUUUAAUCUCCUUAUAUGUAACGAUAAAGUCUUUGCUUUGUGUUUGGGAUGUCCAAUGUACCUUUAUAUGAAAUAAAAUGUUAUAAGAACAAUUACAGUUAUAGUUUGGGGAUACCAACUACCUUUCUUGGUUAAA